UGAGAGAUUGCUAGAGAGGCAGGACAUAAGAAAGGAGAGAACAGGAAUAGUAAGAAUAUUAUAUACGAAAGGAGUGUGGCAGAUAAACAAUUCUGAAGUAGUAGAAGCAGCUGAGAUAUAAAUAAUAAAUGGGGAGGAGGAGCUGGUACAAGCUCAGCCUAUUAAUGUCUUUGCUAGGCUUUUGGAGAUAUCCACGUGACAGCCUUUCCUCUGCUCCUGACAGUCUCCGAAGGAUUAUAGACCUGAGCCCAGAGAGCUACAGUACAAUUUCCAGGAUGUCUCGGAAAGAUGAACCUAACGACAAACACCAUAUGGCAGCGGUCAUAUUCUUCAUCUUGGGCAUGGGGACCCUGCUGCCCUGGAACUUUUUCAUCACCGCAAUUCCUUAUUUUCAGUUUCGCCUGAACCCUGAGGAUCCUGCUGGGAACUUUUCAGAUUUGCAUGUCAAUGAAACUUCUGCAGAGAAGAUCCACUCUUCUGGAGAUGCUUUUAAUUUCAACAACUGGCUGACGCUUCUGGCACAGCUCCCCUUACUUCUCUGUACACUCCUCAACUCAUUCCUUUAUCAAUGUAUACCAGAGAGAGUCCGAAUUGUAGGCAGCAUGGUAUCGAUCCUUUUCCUCUUUAUUGUCACUGCUGUCCUGGUUACAAUUGAAAUGAGCGCACAGAGCUUCUUUGACAUCACAAUGGCUACUGUUUGGUUUAUCAAUGCAUUCUGUGCUAUAUUACAGGGUAGCCUGUUUGGUCUGUUGGCUCUAUUCCCGCAGAAAUACAGCAGUAUGUUGCUAAGCGGUCAGGGAAUGGCUGGAAUGUUUGCUGCUGUGGCUAUGCUACUGUCAAUGUCCAGUGGGGCAGAUCAUCGAACCACAGCCCUGGGCUAUUUUAUCACUCCGUGUGUUGGGACUUUCAUUUCUAUCACAUGUUACCUGCUACUAUAUCGUUUGGAAUUUGCACAGUUUUAUCUUUCCAAAUCUAACAGUCAGACUUCUAAGAAUUAUGAAGUAGAGACAAACACGGAACUGUUAAACAAAGAGAUAAAUGGAGAUACUGGAACUGAGAAGAAAGCAGUUCUCCUUCUGAAGGAUGGUGAAGCUUGUGCAGCCGUUGAAGAAAAGCAACAUGUCUCCAUCUGUGCUGUGUUAAAAAAAAUCUGGAUAAUGGCUCUGACCUUAGUGAUUGGAUUUACAGUGACUCUUUCCGUGUUUCCUGCAAUUACCGCAAAUGUCAGGAGUAACACCGAAAAUGAGUCAUGGGCAAAAUUUUUUAACCCUGUUUGCUGCUUCUUGUUAUUUAACAUUAUGGAUUGGGUUGGGCGAAGCAUUACGUCAUACACUCUGUGGCCAGGUCCUGACUGUAAAUAUCUCCCUCUACUUGCGUGCUGCCGCAUAAUAUUUAUUCCCUUAUUUAUGUUGUGUAACAUCCCCAACCAUAACUACCUCACGGUCAUCUUCUCAAAUGAUGCCUGGUUCAUCAUCUUCAUGAUUCUAUUCUCCAUGAGCAGCGGCUACUGCAUAUCUCUCCCAAUGUGCCUGGCGCCCAAGAAAGUGUUGCCCCAUGAAAGUGAGGUGACUGGUGCCAUCAUGACAUUCUUCCUUGCGUUGGGUCUCUCUCUUGGAGCAGGAUUAUCUUUCCUUUUGAAAGCUUUGUUAUAAGCAGAAGGCUGGUUGAACAAAACUACAAAGGAUCCAACUCCAUUACAUCACUGAACCAUAUCGUACCAUGGAUAAUCUUUGCAGACAUUGCCAUUUUAUAUUCAUCGAUACAUUCCACCGUAAAAUAUGUUGAUGUUUGUUAGUUAAAGCCUUGGAAUCACAGUGAUACAGAUGGCUGUCACCUGAAACAUGCUUACAGAUAACCCAAACACAUUUAUUCACUGCAAGGCCAGCUAUGGAAAAGAGAUACAUUGGAAUGUUUAUAUUUAUCCUGUUUGGCUUCUCACAGUUCAGUGAUUUGUCUUAGCUGCUACCAGUUUUAUAUAGGAAGAACUAUGUUAUUAUAAGAUUUAUUUAUUCUCCCUAAAAAAAAUCAAAAUUAUUUCUUAUUUUUUCAAAUAUUUUGUUAAAUAAAUAGGGAAAUUAGGGCAGGAAUAUCUAAAUAAAGGUUAGAUAUUCUAUAUAAUGUGUUAUUGUUAAUCUGCAGUAUGGUGUUAAGAACAAAGUUACACACAACUGGAGAUUUUAUUUUAACUUGUUGGGUUUUAUUUUAUUGUAGCUACGUUUUAAAGGGAGAGCAGUUGCACGUAGUGAGCAAAAUAUUUAAUGUGUAUAAAAAAAAAUAGAAAUGUUACCUUUGCAAGGAAAACAUUGUAUUCCUAAUAAUUUUGCUAGUACCACAGCUGAAGGGAAUCCACCGUGUAUGCUUAAUUCUAUGGUGUGCUGUAGAAUUUAAAAUAAUUUUUAUAUUUUAUAGAAGUUUGCAUGCUUUUAAUAUCAGAAUUUAAAUCUGAUUUAACAAAGUUUUUUUCUGUUUACUGCAGCCGUGUCUAAAUAGUUACAGCAUCAUUUUUUAUUAAGCUUGUCCAGCCUUAGCACUCCAACAAUUGUGUGGCUUCAUUCCCCAAAUUUCUUUGUCAACCAAGAUAUGGUGGUGAAUUGUCAGAACUGUAUUCAAGUUACAUCAUGAAGGUCUGAUUGGAUAACCCUGAGUUAUAUCAUGUGACCUUGAUUUUAACAGUCCGUAUUAUAUCAUAUGGUACUUCUCCCUACUCUUUCUUACCAUUAGUAUUUCAGAUAUCCAGAAAAAUGCAAAGGAGUUGGAAAGAAAAAAUAUAAAAACAAAUGUAUGUUGUCAUUUCAAGUAUGCAAAAGACUAAAACUGAAUUUAAUACCAAGUGGAAAUUUAAUGGAUUAUUCACUAAAGUGUGAAUAUUAAUGAAUUCAAUUUGAUACCAUAGUGACUUUAAAUUUCGGCGCAGUCUAGCCAAACUGAAAACUUAGCUGACGCUGACAAUUUUUGCAGUUCAGCUAAUGUGCCCUAAUAUUGGAAAUUGACUUUGUAUUCCACAUUGAAUUCCUGACAGUUCACACUUUUGUGAGUAUAUCGGUUAUAUUUCGGUGCUUGAAACUGUGUUUACUUUUAGAUAAUUUUUAGAUUUGAAUGCUUGAAAGGAAACAGGGCUUAUAAUGAUUUUAAUAAUUUCCUUAAAAUCAUGUUUGCCUUGUAGGAUGUUAAGUGUUCUUAUCGUAGCCUUUUCUGGUGAGUAAAGUCUUGUUGAUGAGUGUGAUCUUACCAACAAGUUAGGUUAUUUAUUUUGUAAGUGAUAUAACGUCUGUUAUGUUUUUCACUGUGGAGCCAAAACUGGAAAUGUUAGGUAUUAUUUUUAUUUGGCAACUUAUUUUUAUACUAAUAAAGCUCAUUUUUUAGCAAAUAA